CUAAACUCAUCAGGGCCAACCGAUCUAUCUCUCUCUCUCUCUAGCUCUCGCUCUCCCACUCAAGUGUUCUCUCAACUCUCGAGGCAAUAAUGGAGUCGCGAGUGUUGUCACGCGCCGCCGCCUUCCCGGCCAUGCCGCUGCUCCUGGGGCAGCCGAGGGAGGGGACCAACCGCGGCGGCCUAUGCUUCGCCUCCGCGAAGCCAAUCGGCACCGUCGGGGAGGGCGGGAACCUUAUCUGGGGGAGGCAGCUCCGGCCCGCCCUGCUGCUAGAGAGCUCCCCGGCCGCGUGUGCGCCGGUGGCGAUGAGGCGGGAGAUUCUCCGGCCGUGCCUGGCCGCAGCCUCUUCCCCCGCCGAGGGGAGCGAUUCCGCUGGAGACAAGGUCGCUCCGGUAGGAUUCUUCGACAAGUAUCCCGCGCUGGUCACCGGAUUCUUCUUCUUCAUGUGGUACUUCUUGAACGUAAUAUUCAACAUCCUCAACAAGAAGAUUUACAAUUACUUCCCCUAUCCUUACUUUGUGUCGGUUGUGCAUCUAUUGGUCGGGGUUGUGUACUGUCUGGUGAGCUGGGCCGUGGGCCUCCCUAAGCGCGCUCCCAUUGACUCAAACCUGCUGAAGCUACUUAUCCCAGUCGCUGUUUGUCACGCAAUUGGCCACGUGACUAGCAAUGUCUCUUUCGCUGCCGUUGCUGUCUCUUUCACACACACUGUCAAAGCUCUUGAGCCCUUCUUCAAUGCUGCUGCUUCUCAAUUUAUUCUCGGACAACAAAUUCCCUUCACCUUGUGGCUCUCCCUGGCACCGGUUGUCCUUGGUGUUUCCAUGGCUUCACUCACUGAACUGUCAUUCAAUUGGACCGGCUUCAUCAGUGCUAUGAUUUCCAACAUAUCUUUCACUUACAGAAGCAUAUAUUCCAAGAAAGCAAUGACUGAUAUGGACAGUACGAACGUCUAUGCCUACAUCUCCAUCAUUGCUCUCUUCGUCUGCCUUCCACCAGCCAUCAUCGUAGAAGGACCUCAACUGCUGAAGCACGGGUUCAAUGAUGCAAUUGCUAAAGUGGGUAUGACCAAGUUUAUUUCCGAUCUCUUCUGGGUUGGUAUGUUUUACCACCUCUAUAAUCAGUUGGCUACAAACACUCUGGAGAGGGUCGCACCUCUUACACAUGCUGUCGGGAAUGUGCUGAAGCGUGUGUUUGUGAUUGGCUUCUCAAUCAUAAUCUUUGGCAACAAGAUUUCGACCCAAACCGGUAUCGGCACUUGCAUUGCGAUUGCUGGUGUCGCCAUUUACUCGUUCAUCAAGGCCAAGAUGGAGGAAGAGAAACGACAACUGAAGAAGGCUUGAGAGAUAUGCGCAGAGAAUGGAGAUGGAGGAACCGAUAGGUUUUUACAUUUCUUCAAGGACAUGAAAAUUGCAGGAUUCAUGUACUAUCAUUGUGAUUACCAAGUUAUUUUUUUGUUUUAUUGCUCGAUUAGUUUCUUUUCAUUCAGAGCAUUGAACAAGGUCUAAUGUAUAAUCUCUCUAUUGUCUGCUGAGAAUAAUAAUAAUAAUAAUGCUUCUUUGCUCUACACUCUCCUGGAGCAUCCUUUUA